CUCGUCGCGGUCGAUGUCGCUCUUCGUCGUCAGCACAGGUAAGCUGCUGUCUCAAGCUGGGUCGCAGUUUUGGUGAUUUGUGUACUCGUCUAGCGCCGUACUACACUCGUCUCCAUGUACUACUGCGCUUCAGAGAAACAUCUCCAAGACAUGCACCCCUUGCUAACUACAACCGCAUUGGAGUGCACCAAGCAUAACUCUCGCUGUGGUACAAGCUCAUCCCAAGCAGCUGCAGCAGCACCGUAGAAAAGUGCGUCCAGCCUUAGAGCUCGGACGCUAAAUAUCCGCGUGGUAAUCACCAGUCGACAGGACGGCGCCCCGGUACGAGGCCGCUGGCGGCAUGAAGGGAGACGACGAGUCCGAGUCCGUGUCGCUGGUGGCCCGAGAGAGUGUGCCUGGCUCUUACACGGAAGACCAGAGAGGAGUGUCCGCUGCACUUAGAGAAACAGACUACGUAGAUGCAAAUGUCCCUCUGCUCUCGCAGUUCCACGAGGACGCCAUCGCUCAGGCUGGCGAAGGCCUCUUCCAAUGGCUGGUGUUUCUUGUGUGCGGCUUGUGUCUUGCUGCCGACGCAAUCGAGAUCUUCGCAAUCGCCUACGUGCUGCCUUCUGCAGAAAGGGAGCUUUGCAUGGAUGAUUCCAGGAAAGCGUGGCUCGGCGGCAUCAGCUUCGUGGGCAUGAUGAUAGGAGGUCUGCUGUGGGGAAAUUUAGCUGACAAGAUGGGACGUCGUCGGAUCCUCCUUUCUGCUCUCCUCACCAAUACCAUCUUCUCAGUCAUCACUACAUUCAUGCCAACCUACGGUCUCUUCAUGGUCACCAGGCUGUGCUCGGGACUCGGAGUCGGUGGCUCCAUCCCGAUAGCGUUCACCUACUUCGCUGAGUUUCUACUGAAAAAGCAUCGAGGACGGAACCUCUGCUGGCUUCUACUCUUCUGGGCUAUUGGAGGCGUGUUUGCAGCUGUCAUGGCAUGGGGUCUCAUUCCUAGGACAGGAAUGGUUCUUCUAGACUUGGGACGGUUGCAUUUCAGCAGCUGGCGACUGUUCCUUCUGGUGUGUGCAGCCCCGUCGCUCCUUUCUGUCUUCGGUCUUAUGUUUCUCCCAGAAAGCCCAAGAUUCCUACUCGAGGUUGGUCGGGACGUCGAGGCUAUGUUUGUUUACCAGCAGAUAUUCAAGAUGAACCACACCAACAAACCAGCUGCCGAAUAUCAGCUCACAGAACUGGAACUUCCAGGAAGGAGAGCGUUCCACGGAAUUCCACCCGCCGCAAAUCGGACGCUUAUUUCUGACUUUUGCUUCUCCUUAGAAAGCUUUUGGAGUUCUUUCUUCCAAAUAUUUUGCUCGCCCUUCAUGAAAAUCACCUUUAUACUACUCGUCGUCUGGUUCACAACGUCCUUCGGGUUGUAUGGAAUGGGCAUCUGGUUCCCGGAAUAUCUCAAGCAGCUUCAGGUGGAAUCUUAUACGGCGGAUAUGACGUUUGAGACAAACCACAACGUCCACAACUACGUAUUCAACUACUCCAUUGAGAAUACUCACUUUGAAGACUGUGUCUUCCGCAAUGUCCGCUUUUCGGGCAUCGUCCUCAACCACGUUCUUUUCAGUAACUGUACGUUCUUUAACAGCACAUUCAGCGAUGUGCGGUCAAGCCGAAGCCUCUUCAGUUCCUGUGACUUCCAUCGUGUGAAAUUUGUGGAUACCGAUUUCUACGAAUCUCGCUUUGACAACUGUGACUUCAGUAACAGCACCACCUUCCUCAACCGAAGGACAGGAUGUCCCAUCGACUUCGACAUCAACUUCCAACUCUCGGACGUCUUCGUGCAGAACCUGUUUGCUCAGUUGGCCAUCAUUCCGGGGAACAUUAUAUCAUCCUGCGUCAUCGACAGGUUCGGCAGGGUGCGAACACUUGGAAUAUCGAUGUUUCUGACGUGCGGAAGUGUCCUUCUGGUCUGGUUAGCGAAUAGUCGUCCAUCCGUCAUUACGUUUCAAGCGAUCUUCAACUUUGUGUCUAUCUCAGCCUGGAACGCUGUGGACGUUAUUACAACGGAAUCGUACCCUGCAACUCUCAGGAGUACUGCGUAUGGCUUCUUGAGCGCAACGAGUCGCUUGGCUUCCCUUCUGGGCGUUGUCAGUUUCGGUCACCUGCUGGAAAUCAGUAAAGCCGCCCCCAUCCUAACAACAGCAGGUGUGAUUUUGCUGGGAUCGCUGUUCAGCAUGAAGAUUCCUGAAACAAAGGACGUGCUCAUGUAAAGGCAACAUUACCCCCUGCAUUGCAGAAUUAAAUGUGAAGUAGCGCUCUCGUGCAGCAGUGUUGGCAUCAGCCAUCGGCUUCUGUGCACAGAUUAUGUGGUCGUAGCAACAUGGAUUUCAGUGACAUAUGUGAGAGGAGAAUGCGCUGUGCGAUGGCACGAACAUCACUGAAAAAAUAUAGAUGGUGAUAUUCGCCUUUGAUGAAGGCUCUGAAAAUAUUGACGUUCGACCUUUAGAGGUCAAGAGCACCAAGUGAUCGCAUUCCUGUAGUAUUUCGAUACCAUAGCAAUAUAUCAUUGCAAUAACGUCCCGAAAUUCUUAAAGCGGGCGUUUCCUCACCAUGAUCAAUUCGAGUGGAAUAUACAAAUGACAAGAGCGUUCAUUUUCUGCUUUGGCAUUUUAUGCAGCUUCAAAUCUUACUUUUCUUCCUCCUGCUAUUUUUAUUGCCUUCAGCGUUAAUAUUUGGAAGUGUUAAUAUUUGAGGUUCAGUGAGCAGUGUAUGAAGACAUUUUUAUGUGACGUGAUGUCUGCGCGGCACAGGUUACUGCAACGCCCAGUCUCGAAGUCCACUACGCACAGUUAUCCACUGGACAUGAUGAUCGUUGACCAAUGAAAGUAUUUCUAUCGUUACACGGAACAAUUUUAGGGAGGAGAAUGGAGUCAUUGCAUACUAACCAACGUAAGUACUAAAGGAAAUACAUGCUGUGGCGCAGAUGACACCUAAAGUGUAUGACUAUCGUGUUUUCUUUUUUUUGUGUGUCUACAAUGUAGUACGUCUUCCCUGAGUAUUGUAAAGUAUAAGUACUUGCACACUCUUUUUAUGCUUUAAUGUCCCUUGCGCUUAUAGCGACCGAGAAACUGAAAUGAAGGGCGUAAAACUCACUACUCUCUUUUACGUGUGCUAGCAAUUUGGGGAGCACGUUCAAAUAUGUUAAAGAGUCCAGCAUUUUAUCAUGUAAUAAGCAACAUAUAGAUCGCGUACGUUAUACAAUUCACUAGGUCUCCCUCCCGUUUCAAGAGACUACGACACAACAGCAUAUCAACCACUAUUUGUAAUCGCAUCACUGUUGCUGCGAGCGUGCAAGCUAUGGGACCACGAGUCCUGCCAGGAGUAGACUAGGUCUUCAGACCCAUCACCGCAGAGCAUUCAUGUUGGUGGUGGUACUGCUGAAGAGGUUCGCCGUUGUUGGUGGGCAACGAAAGAACCAUUCAUGAACAUACGUAGCGACCACACCUUGACCCAAUUGCAGAGCUUUAUCAAAGCAAUAGAGAAAUGCAUGCAAUACGUAAGUUUUUGACGAAGUUCUCCGAAGUCAAAGUCUGUGCUGGACAUGUGCUGGACUAUAGAGUGAAUGUUGCCUUGAUCAUCGAGGUUUUCCCUUGUAUACAUUGAAAAAUAGAGGAUAACGUGAAAGUACUGUUUGUGCAGUGAAGUAUUCUGUGCUGUGCUAGCUGUAAAUACUAUGUACUCACUAGGUCAGCUGGGUAUGGCGUGUAGGAGGAUAAGAACUACAGAUAGUAGUGUUGUGCGUUGAUAAUAUUUCCUUAUUAGAUUAUAGGGGUUCUGUUAUCUUGUUGGUAGCCAGGCUAGGUUGAUUCCAACGAUGUUAAUGAGUUGAAAGCAAUGUUUUAACGUGCACGGCUAUUGUGCGUAAUUGUUAUGCACCCAUAGCAGCUAAAACGUCCCGGUACACAUGGUCCUGUGCUCAAAGUGGUAUAUUUAUUUAUUUGGAGAAUCACCUGUUAAUUUAGCGUGUUGAAUAGUAGAGAUAUGUCGUAGCAGUCAAUGCAAAAAUAUGUGCAUGCAAAAUAAUACGACUUGGGAAUUCCCAUCGCGCGCUCCAAGAACGGCAAAGUGUUGGAAUUAUACUGUAAAUUGCUGCAAUUCCAGAGAUUCGCGUCCUGAACUGCACAAUUUUUUUUUUUGUUAACUCACGAAUAUAGAGAGCACAGAUAAUAUUUGGUUAUUUAAUUCGUUAUUUUAAGCGCUGUUGCAUUACCUAAAACUGCAUUAAUAAAGAUCACAAACCCUU